AUGUCGCAACAACCCAAGAACUCGGCCAAGACGGCCUUGGAAAAGUUCAUCGGCGCCGAUCACACAGAACCUGAAGAGAGAGCGCCUUCAAUUACGAAUGCCGACCUAUACAUCGAGGAGGAGCCUACCGUUGGAGAGUUUCUCAGAGAAAUCACUCCUUCUGUUCAUCAAGUUGGCGAAUACUUUUACAACCUGUUCCCUUUUCUAUCAUGGGUUGGCAAAUACAAUUGGAUUUGGUUUCUUGGUGACAUGGUUGCUGGUAUCACUGUUGGUGCUGUUGUGGUUCCCCAAUCCAUGGCAUAUGCCCAGCUGGCCCAGCUUCCCGUCGAAUACGGUCUGUACUCAUCAUUUAUGGGUGUCUUGAUCUACUGGUUCUUUGCUACAUCCAAGGAUAUCACCAUUGGUCCCGUCGCUGUCAUGUCUCAAGUCACGGGUAACAUUGUUCUGCACGCUGCAGAUGCAAUCCCUGAUGUUCCUGGUCAUGUGGUCGCUUCUGCCCUGGCUGUUGUCGUCGGUGGUAUCGUCACCUUCCUCGGUCUCGCUCGACUUGGCUGGCUCGUCGAGUUCAUCCCUCUGCCUUCAAUCUGCGCUUUCAUGACCGGUUCCGCUGUCAACAUUCUCGCUGGCCAAGUCCCCAAGCUCAUGGGCAUCAAGGGUGUCAACACACGUCAGCCCACCUACAUGGUGAUCAUUGACACCCUCAAGAACCUGGGUGGUACCAAGCUCGACGCCGCCAUUGGUCUCUCAACUCUGGUCAUGCUCUACUCCAUCCGCAUUUUCUGUGGCACUAUGGCCAAGAAGCAGCCUCAUCGCGCCAAACUGUACUUCUUCAUCUCCACCCUCCGAACCGCCUUUGUCAUCCUGCUCUACGUUGGUAUCAGUGCUGGAAUUAACAUCAAGCAUCGCGACAACCCCCGCAUCAGCAUUGUCGGCGACGUUCCCAGUGGCUUCACUCAUGCUGCUGUCCCCGAGAUCAACGGUUCCAUCAUCAGCGCCUUCGCCUCCGAGUUGCCCGCUGCUGUCAUCGUCGUCCUGAUUGAGCAUAUCUCUAUUUCCAAGUCCUUCGGCCGUGUUAACAACUACGUUAUCGAUCCUUCUCAGGAGCUCGUCGCCAUCGGUGUUAGCAACCUUCUCGGUCCCUUCCUGGGUGCCUACCCCGCCACUGGAUCAUUCUCUCGUACCGCUAUCAAGUCCAAGGCUGGUGUUCGCACUCCCUUCGCCGGUGUCAUUACUGCCGUUGUCGUCCUGCUUGCUCUUUACGCCUUGACUUCCGUCUUCUUUUACAUUCCCAAUGCUGGUCUUGCUGGUGUCAUCAUCCAUGCCGUCGGAGAUGUCAUUACUCCUCCCAAGGUCGUCUACCAAUUCUGGCGCGUCUCUCCCAUUGAGGUCAUCAUCUUCUUCGCCGGCGUCCUCGUCACCAUAUUCAGCUCUAUCGAGAACGGUAUCUACACCACAAUCGCCAUGUCCGCUGCUGUUGUUGUGUUCCGUCUCUUCAAGGCUCGCGGUCGCUUCCUCGGCGUCGUCCGCGUCCGAACCAUGAAGGCCAACGUUAGCGACGGUACUGCUAGUCCCGGCUCAAUUGAUGAGGGUGAAAGUUCUCUUCGCGCUGGCUUCCUUCCUCUUGACCACGGCAACGGUGCCAACCCCAAGGUCGUCGUUCGCACUCCUUACCCCGGUGUCUUCAUCUACCGAUUCGCUGAAGGCUUCAACUACCCCAACGCUUCUCACUACCUCAACCAGCUUACCGAGACCAUCUUUGCCGAAUGCCGACGAACCAACCCUGCCCUCCUGGGCAAGCUUGGAGACCGACCUUGGAACGACCGCGAACCCCGUCACAUCAAGCAAGUCGAGAACGAUGAGCGACCCAUUCUCAAGGCUAUUAUCCUCGACUUUUCCAGUGUCAACAACGUCGAUGUUACAUCUAUCCAGGCCCUGAUUGAUGUCCGCAACCAACUCGACAAGUUCGCUGCCCCCGAGGUCGUCGACUGGCACUUUGCCAACAUUGAGAACCGAUGGACGAAGCGUGCUCUGGCUGCUGCUGGCUUUGGCUUCCGUACUCCCCGCGCCGGAAAUGACUCCGCCGGUCACUGGAAGGCCAUCUUCUCCAUUGCCGACCUCGGUGGUGAUGAUAGCGCCGCUACUGCCGCCGCUAUCGACGAGAAGGCCAAAAACACACCCAUGCGCCAGGACAUCGAAGCCGUGGAGGACUCCAUCAACAGCGCAUCAUCCGAGAAGCUACCAAGAGACCCCACCAGCACCCGCCUCGUCGCUGUCGGUGGUCUCAACCGACCAUACUUCCACCUCGAUCUUCAAGAAGCUGUCGACGCGGCUGUGUCCGCCGCCGAGCUCAAGCAGCACUAA